AUGCCUCCAAAGUCAUCAAGCAAAAAGACGAACAGCAAAAAUUCUUCAUCAACAACGGCAAAGAAAUCUAAAAAGAGAACCUCCUCAGAGAACGAUGAGGAAAAUGGUUACAAGAGUACCUCCAAUAACAGUAGUAAAUAUUUGGAAGACCAAGAUGAUAGUAAUAUUAUUGACGAAUAUGAAGAAAUAUCGGAAUCGGAAGAAACAACAAAAUCAUCAUCACAACCAACAAAACUUGCAAGUCAACCACCAACAGUGACAGAAACUAAAAUUAAGAAAGAAAUAGAACCAUCAAGAAAAAAAACCAAAUUAAACGAUGAGACAACUGCAAAAAUCGAAGAAAAUUCAGAUCCAACAAUGUACAAGAUUGUGGAUGCCCACACUGGAAAAACAAAACUUGUUGGGCCUAAAUCUAAAAUUUCAAGUGUGAAUCAAUUGAAACAUUACAUUUGUGAGAUUUUUAAAUUAAAAUCUGUGAAUGAAAUUGAAUCUAUUAGAAAUUUGGAUGAUAAGGAUGUAAAGGAUGCCGAUUUAGAUGCAUCUCAAAUUGGAAAAUCUAAGGCAAACACCAACGAAGUUAUCAUAUUAGACGACAUUAAUCAAAGUGCUCAUUCGACAAGAAACUUACCACCCACUUCGAGUCAUGGGUGUUUUAUAUUGACAUUGAAAAAUGGCCAAAAUACUUCUGAAUCAUCUUCUAAAGUUAAGGCUAAUUUACAAUUGACUGUAGAUAUUGUACCUCAUGUAAAUAUUUUAAUUCACGGAGGAGAUGAAUAUGACUUCAUUACCGCUCUUGCUGAAAUUUUGGACAAUUCUAUUCAAAACACUGUCCUCAACAAGAAUGAAAGGCUUAUCGAAAUUCGAUUUGAAAAGCCUACACAGAGUAAUGAACUUACAAGCAAGCUCCAUAUUUGGGAUAAUGGAAGAGGAAUGAAUUUUAAAACCUUAGUCAAUUGGGCUACUCUUGGUAUUACUGAAGCCCCAGUUGAUGAUUCCAAGUUGCCAACAAGAGAAAAGGCACCACUCCGCAGAAGGUUUUUUGAUAAAUUUGUUACGUCAGACUUUUCCAGGUAUGGUGUAGGUUCCAAGAAGGCCAUUUUCAACUUGGGAGAUGAAGUCACUCUUGUCUCAAAACCAAAAGAUUCAAGAUUUGUUUAUGAAGUUUCCCUUUCAAGGCAAAAGUUGGAGCAAGAUUUUACUUCAGGAAAAGACAAACAAUGGAAAGCCAAUUGUAUUUCUAGACCUCCAACUGAUACAGAAAAACAAUGGGAAAGCUUUACUCACUUUACAAUUUCGGACAUUAAGAAGGUCUAUGUCGAUAGAUAUGAUCCAGCAAUUAUCAAGAAGCGUUUAGGCCACAUCUAUCACUAUUAUAUACAUGGAACUGAUGGUAAUAAGGAAGGAAGAGAUAUUAUUGAAGAUCCUGAUGAAAAUGAUAACAUGAGUGAUAUUGAUGAUCUUUCCGAAGGAGAGGAGGAAGAAAUGCCACCAAUCAAGUCUCAAAAGAAAACAAAGAUGCCCUCAAUUGAUGAAGACGAUUUAUGGCAAUUAAAGCAACCUAAAAAUGUCAUAAUGAAAGUAGAUGGCACAGCCAUAUCGAAUGAAGACAAGGACAUGGAAACAUUAUAUCUUCAGGAGGGAAAGUCACCGUUCACUUUUGAAAUCAAACUCAGUGUCAAAAAUGGAGAAAAUUUGAACGCGCCUGAAAUGACCCUGCCAACAUCAUCCCAAUAUGGAGUGUCGAUAAUUAAUAGCACAGUGAGAGGAAUAAUUUAUUACUAUCCUUUCAAACAAGGAAGAGAAACUCUUCCAAUACCAGAAGAAUUAUAUUUGGAAGGAGGAAAAUAUAUUCCUACUGACCAAGAAGUACCUCUGAGCGAAAGAAAUCCUGGAUUUGAAUGCUUUUGGAAUGGUAGACUGUUAGCUAAUGAAAAAAUCAAAAAUUUACCUUUUAUGGAGAAGGAAAGAAGUAAUAGGGAUAUUCCAGAAAAUUGCUAUAGAAGAAUUAAGGGAAUGCUCUUUUUUGAUUCUAAUUUUGAAGUAUCGGCCAACAAAAUGUACCUUUGCAAACAAACAGCACUCUGUCAAGCACUUUUAAAUUACAGCGAAAGAAACUUGACACAGAGGUAUAGAAAAUGGAUUAAGGAAUGCCACAAAAAAUUAGAUGAAGAAAUAAUUUUUGACGAAUGUGAUUUCGAAAGAACUCAAAAAGAAGGAAAGGGUAUGAAAACAUUCUACAAAAAGAUCAAAUACGGACAAACAAAUUAUUCCAUUGGAGAUUAUCUAGUCAUGAAAACUAGACCUAAAAUUAUUGGAACUCUUGUUGAUAUGUUUAGGGACAUGUCAUCAGAAGAAUACUCUGUAACUAUUGUAGUUAAGGAAUGGUCACCUGAAAAGGAGUCAGAUGAUUCAAAGAAUGGACAGUGCUUUCCAAUAUCAAAAGUACAAAACCUUCUCACCAAGCAAGAGUUUAAAGCUGAAGUCAGCAAAAUGAAAAAUAAGCUACCGAGCUAUAUAGAUGUUGUAGAUACACCAAAUGUUACUGCAAGAGAGAGAAGACCACCACCUGACGCUGUUACAGCUGGAUAUUCUCUCAAAUACCUGUCGGCUUGUAUAAUGACAGGAGAUCACAAGGUUGUGACAAACCAACUCUACCCAGUUACUUUGACCAUAACCUAUGAAGGUGAUAAUGAAGAAGAACAAAAACUUAAUGAGUCACUCACUUCAACAAAGGCUUUUAAAAAAGGAGUGCAUUGCUUCAAGCCUUACAAGCUGAAGCCAGAAUUUACAUCUGUGGGUACUUAUAUUUUGGAAUUAUCCUCUUCUGAGGACAGUGGAAUCAAAGCAAAGGUGGUAAAAAUUGAUGUAACUGCUGCGGCGCCAUCCACUCUGUCACUUUCCAACAAUUUACCAAAAGUUAAAGGUGCCAAAUCUCUUUUAGAUAAGAGUCAACUCAAGGAUUCCCUUUUAACCUUUAUUGACAAACCAUUCCCCACACUAAUCAUUGAACAACAAGACACGUAUGGUAAUGUUGUUCCUUUCAAAGAGACAACUUGUAACAUUACGGAAGAACUUAAAAUUACAACAACUGAUGAUACCGUAGAACUAUCCUCAUUUAAGGCCUCCUUCAACAAUAGCAAUCAAAUAGAAAUUACUGAGCUUGUUGUUAAAAGUGCUCCAUUAGGUUCCAACAAGUUUGUAAAAACAAAAUUAGUGAUAGCAUUUGGUCUAAUUAUGCAACCUCUUGAAAUUGAUAUGGUGAUAUUUGCUGGAGCCGUUCACACUAUUCAACUUUCUGAAGAUGCAGCUACUGCCUUGUCAGGAAACUCUGUAAAGAAAAUUCUACCAGAUAUUGAGGCCAAAUUACUGGAUGAGAAAAAUAAUCAAAUCUACAUUCCAUGUUUUUAUGAUGGUGAAGAUGACUUUACCCCUCUCACCAUAACCGUAAAAGGAGAAUGUUUGAAAGAAGAAGCUUCUGGUACCUUUAAUACUGAAACUGGUUAUUUCCAAUUCAAAAAUAUAGCUAUAGGAAGCUCUCAAAGUAGUUCUCAACGAAAAGAGGCAUAUAUAACACUAAGUUACCAAGAUAUUUGCAUUGAUGUUCCACUUACUAUUGAAUCAGCUUCAGUUGCAAAACCUUCUUCAUUUAACCUCCUAACUAGAACCACUGAGGAAAAGAAUAUGAUCAAGGAGAGAUCUGCACUUAAAGUAACAGUGAAUGCAAUAGUCAGUUCAGAACUAGUUGGAUGGAAUUUGGAAUUAUGCAAUGAAAUGUACGAAAGGAUAGAGAUUGAUGCAUACGCCAGAGCUUCAUGGUGUAAAGCCAAUCUUUUAGAAGUUAAAAAAGGUAUUUGCGAAUUACCAACUCUAGUAGUUCCACAAAUUUUUAAAACUACUAAAUAUUUUGUCGAUAUACUCUCCAAAGCAGCAGGAGAUUCCGUACAGAACGAUGAUGAUAUUGACACAGAUAUGAUAAUAGCAAACUUUACCAUUAAUUUACGUGUCAUAACAGGGCCUCCAUGCAUAUUUAAAAUAGAGAGAAAGUCAAUACCUGAAAAACUUAAAUGUGAACAAAAGUUCAGUGUUAAGUUCAGUAUUAUGGAUGCAUUUGGAAAUAGGAUGGAUAACGAGAGUAAUGAAAAUUAUCCAGAACUUGAGAAUAUUGAACCUUCAAUUGAAAUAGUUUCUCAAUUGAAUGGUGAAGCAGAAAGUAUUGAAAUUUGUGAUUUCGACAAACUACGACUCCUAACAGGAUUGGAUGACCAUGAACACUUUAAAUUUUUUAAAUAUAAUGAUGUAAGCUUGAUAGGCCCUUCUGGAGAAUUCCAUUUGAAGAUUAUUGACAAGGGAGGUAAAAUCAAAGAGGGUAAAAUUGAAAAUAUUCUCCUUGAACCAGGACCACCAGUGUCUUUGAGAGUUAAUGACAUGAUAGGAGAGGUAGUAUUCGAUGUUGAAAAUUAUAAUCUUACUCCAUCAUUUUACAUUACAACACACGAUAAGUUUGGUAACGUAAUACAUCAACAUGGAAACUUUGAGAUUGAACCUCCAGAGACUGAUAUUGAAAUUAUCCAAUAUCAAGGAGAAGUCAAUCAGUCCAUCGAUUUACAAAUUGAAAAUGGAAGAGCCUAUAUGCCACAAUUUUGGGUUAAAGGUACAGAGGGAAGACAUACUUUCUGGAUUGAAUACGAGUUAACAAAGGCAAACAAGACUUGCUUUAUUGUAAAUAUUAUCAAGAGCUCCCAUCCAGCAGAACUCAAGGUUACCAAUAAGACAACAAAUCUUGUGGUGGGAGACUUUUUAGACCCUUUUGAAGUUGUAGUUUUGGGAGAAAGUGGAAAACCUGUUAAGGCUCCAAAUUCAAUCAUUAUGGAAGUAGCAAACCCUCAAGGAGGAGAUAAAAGGCAAUUCAUAUCAUGCCCAUCUGCUUCCAAGAGUUUAACAUAUACAUUCGCAAAUAGUGAAAAAGAAUUUACUAAAUCCGGAGUUUACAGAUAUAGAUUUACUUUGGACAUUUCUUCAUUGCCAUAUGUUCCAAUUCUUGGACUGAAUGGGAGUAUAAACACUACUCUAGAUAUUGCUGUCUCCCCUGGAGAUCCGGAAGCUUUGGAAAUAGAAAAUGAUAAAUUCCAGCUUCCUGUAGUUACCAAUAUGGGAGAAAAUAUUGAUGCAAGAUCAUUCUGGGAAGAACUUUCACUCAAAGUGAUAGACAAGUAUUCCAAUACUGUGAUUGCCGAUGAUAAAAUUAAAAAGGUCACUCUUUCCAUUCAACCAACAGAAGAUAGCAUGGACAGUGAACUUCCUGAGCUAGAAGGGGAUUUAGUAGCUAAAUUUGAGAAUGGUCGUGCCAAGUUUUCAAGAGUUAGCAUAAAGGAGGGAUCAGGUGAAACUGGUUUGUAUAAGCUAGUUUUUACAACUAAAAAUCUUCCACCAAAAGAGUUAGAAUUUGGAUUUACUGAUAACAGUGCUAUUCAACAAAUUGAGAAGGAACUCCAAGAGAAGAAACAAAAUUGUCUCAGUGAACUAGAUUAUCUGAAGAAGGAAAUUAAGAAAGCCGAGCAAAAUCACCAAGAGAAUGAAUUCAAGCUUAGUAAUUUCAGAUCCACAAUGAAUGAUAUACUGAAAACAAUCAAAGAAUAUGAAUUGAACUUCGAAAAUGAUAUGCCAAAUAUGGAAAAUGCUGACAAACUAUUGAAUAUUCUUAAAAAGAAGUUAGAGAUCAAGACACAGAACAGUAGAAAACAAAAAGAGUGCAAUGUUGGCCUUGCGGAAAACAAGGCCUUGCAGAAAGUAAAACAACUCCAAAAGGAAACAGAUAGUGGAAUUGUGGGAAUUCUUGGAGAGCUAGGUUAUAUAGAUAAUGAAAAGCACAAUGACACAAUUUCUAGGUUCUUGGGAGAUAAGAUGCAAUGUAUUGUUGUACAAGAUUCUAAUGGUAUGGAAAAAGUGAGACGACUCCUAGAAAAUUUCCCUCACAAGAUACCAGUUUUACCCCUCGAUAAUAUCCAGAAAUGUUCAAAAGGUAUGGAUAAUGAAGGUAGAUUGAGAUUGGAUCCAAUUGACGCAGAUGGAUUUGUUGGCUAUUCUGUAAAUCUGAUAGAAAUAGACAUUAGACGAGAAAUGAUUAGACAUGCAUUUUGGAAUUUAUUAGGUAGUAGUUUAGUUUUUGAAACAUUCCUUACUGGUUUGGCAUUCAGAAAAAAGAGACUGGAAAUUAAUUUAGCAGUCCCAUUGAUUCUAACACUUGAUGGAGAGAGAAUUGAAGCAACUGGUAUCGUAUAUGCUGGUUCUAAGGCUACAGGUCCACCAGUUUUCCGUUUUGGUCAAACUCCACUCAGCGAAAAUCCUGAAGUCAAACUACUGCUAGAAAAGAAGAAGAAGGUUGAAGAGUAUAAGAAAGUACUCAGAGAAACAAUUGCUUUCGAGAAGGGAGAAUAUGCCCAAACUGAACAGCAAAAGGAAGAAACUAUUGAAAAACACAAGAGCGAAAUUGAAGAAAUUCAGGGUGAAUUGGAAAAUAUUGAUGAGGAAUUGAGAAAUUUAAAACAAGGUCUCUCUAAUAAGAAGGGUUCCCCAAAGAAAAAGAAGACCUCAAAAAAGAAGAAGACAGACCGUUCACCAACCCCUAGCUCACCAGUUCUUUUCUCUCAAAAAUCUCAAAAGAAAGAAAUAGACGAAGAUGAUAUUGAAGAGUGCUCUGAGGAAGAACAUGAUGAUAUUGAAGAAUACUCUGAGGAAGAACCAGAGGAAGAGGAACCUAAAUCAAAGAAGAGAAAGAAUGCCAAGAAGACUGGAAAGUCAAAGAAAGCCAAAAAGAAGUAA